GACCGUCGUUUUCGUUGUCCGGUUUCGGUCCAUCUCCAUUCGGCAGCUAGCGGAAGAUUUCGGAGCGGAUCCCAGAUUCCCCGGUAAAUACAACCAAAUACUAAAAAACAAACAAAUUUGCAGCCAUGGAUGCUUGCCCAACAUAUCAAAAAAGAUAGUUUUUGUGAAAAGAGCAUUUUCCAAAAAAAAAGAAAAAGAAGACAAAAGAGAUCCAACAACGACGGAAAAAAAAGAAAAGAAUCCAUCCGAAAAAGUCGGAAAUCCGAAUUCGCCAUUUCUUUAAAUUUUCUUAUAUAUUUUGCAUCAUUCAUUUCGCCUGAUUUCUUUCGUGCGGUGUUCUUUCUCUGUCUCAUCGAAAUUUUCUAAAGCCAAAUAAGAAUAACGAAGAAAGGGACAAUAAUAGUUUUUUAUUAGAUUUUUAUUUUGCAAAAGUGAAUCGGUGUGUGACGUUUCUGACGCGACAAAAACUUGAAUAAGAAAAUCUUCGAGUCGAGUUGGACUCGUACUCGUACCGUACCGAGAAAUUAAGCAAAAUACAAAAAGAACUAACGAAAAAUGUGUAUAAAUCAAAGCUAAAACAAACGCAAAUUAUAUAUUAUUUUUUUGUUAAAAGAAGAUUUUCUUAUUUGUACGGUUUUGAUUUGGUUUUUUUCUUUUUCGGACUGCGUGUCGUUUGUUCUUUAUUCUGUUUCUGAUAAGAAGAGCAACCAGCAACGGGACAAACGAUAUUUUUUCUUGAAUUUUUUCUUCUUUUGCGUGUGGAAUUUCUCUCGCAAAUCAACAUGUUUACCAUUCGAAAACAAUAAGUAAAACGGCAACAGCAACACUCAAGGGAAGCCACCAUCUCAUCUCAUCAUCCAAAUCCAUCGCCCAUCGUUGUCGUCAAAGUCGUAGCUAGCUGCUGCCGCCUCCUCCGCCGCCGCCGCCGAUUGUGCAACAUUUUCUUCAUAAUUUUUCAUCGUGUGGUCUUUGGUCAUCGACCACCAGCAAUCAGCACAACAAAUCAAACUCUGCAAAUCCUCGCUAAACGAAUUUAACUUAUUUCGUCAAUUUUUCUUAAAAAAAGACACAUCCCACGAGAAGAAGAAACCAGCUGCAAAAAUGGUCAAGGAGAAGCCAAACUCAACUCGAAUCUACGACAAGGAUGGAUUCCGAAGGCGUGCCGCAUGCAUUUGCGUUCGUUCGGACGCCGAAACAGAGGUUUUACUGGUGACAUCCUCUAGGCGCCCUGAAAUGUGGAUAGUCCCAGGUGGUGGAGUUGAGCCCGAAGAGGAGCCAUCUGUUACUGCUGUUAGAGAAGUACUCGAAGAAGCUGGUGUUGUUGGCAAACUUGGUCGAUGUUUGGGUGUUUUCGAGAAUCGAGAUCACAUGCAUCGUACAGAAGUUUUUGUCAUGACCGUUACUAAAGAACUCGAAGAAUGGGAAGACUCACGAAGCAUCGGCCGAAAACGCCAAUGGUUUUCGGUCGAUGACGCAUUGGCUCAACUUGCUUUGCAUAAACCCACACAACGGCACUAUCUUCAACAACUAAGGCAUUCGAAGAACUCAACAUCCUCACCUCCACCAUCGCCUACUACUGCGUGAAACUAGAGAUGCCCAAACAAUAAUAACAACAACAACAAUAACUUAAAAUAUUUUGUUUUUCUUCUUUUUCUUUCAUAAAUAAGCUGACAAAAUUUCUUACACCGAAAAAAGGGGCACGCGAACAAACUGAAGAAAAAAAAAUAUAAAAACUAAACUGAAAAAGCGAAAAAAAAUAUAAAACAAAUACUUAUUCUAGGCAAAAAAAAAAGCUAGUAUGCGAAAAAAAAUAUUCUCAAUUUUCUACAACAAAAUCUUAAAAAAAAAAAAUCUUAAAAAAACAAACAAAAAUAUUAAAAUCUUUGUUUAAUUUAACUUAUAUAAAUGUAUGCGGAUAAAAUAAACAAAAAAACACGAACACUUCCACUGAUAAAACAACAAAAAUAUAUAUAAUUAAAAAAAGCUACCACUCACACGUAACUUAACAAAUUAACAUGAUUGUAUUUUUUUUCCUAUUUUAACGAGAUUGUUUAGAUAUGAUUUUUGAUCUUAAAUAUUUUGUUUAGCUUUAUGUUUUUGACCUUGGAAGUAAAUCGUUGAGGUGACAUUUAUGUACCUCUCAUAUCCGGGAAUAAAUAAAUAUGUAAUAAUAAUUUUCUAUGUACCAAACUCUUUAUGUCGAAGAAAUAAAGAGAUCGAUACACAAUUGAAUUAACUUUAAUUUGUUAAGACUUCCUAUUGUUAUCCGGAAAAAAAAGAAACAAACAAAAAUUCACAAAAAAAAAAAACAAAAAAUAUACAACACACACGCCUUUCACGAAAUCUGUUUCUUUUUAUUUUAUUUCAAUACUCUUAAAGGGCCACGUUAUGGAAAACUUUUUAAUUUUCUUUUUUUUUAGAUAAUAGAUAUCUUAGAUUAAGUCCUUCUAAAGGAAAACAAAAAAAAAGGAAUUAUUAUUCAUUAUUAUAAUUAUUAUACUAUGAUAAAAUAAAAAAGAAACAGAAAACAACAGAAAAAAUAA